AUGGGCUCCCGGCACUUCCCUGCCCGGACUGUGCUCUUUGAGAAGGAGACCAGCGGCGUCACGUACCGCGUGCCGGCCCUGCUCUACCUGCCCUGCGUGGCCAAGCUGCUGGCCUUCGCUGAGGAGCGGCUGAGCGCCGAUGACGCCCACGCCAACCUGCUGGUGCUGCGCCGCGGCACCGUCUACGGCGGCUAUGUGGAGUGGGAAGACAUGCGGGUGCUCGAGACGGCGACGCUGCAGCACCACCGGUCGAUGAACCCCUGCCCGCUCUACGACGAGUUCACGGGCACCCUCUUCCUCUUCUUCAUCACGGUGCUGGGCAGGACACCUGAAGCCUUCCAGAUUGUCACGGGCCAGAACGUCACCCGCCUGUGCUGCGUCACCAGUGCUGACCAGGGUCUGAGCUGGAGCAAGGCCACAGACCUGACGCAGCAGGUCAUCGGCAGGGCCAUCAAAGACUGGGCCACCUUUGCACUGGGCCCCGGGCAUGGGAUCCAGCUGCGCUCCGGCCGACUGCUGGUGCCUGCCUACAGCUACCACAUUGACUGCAAGGAGUGCUUCGGGCAGCUCUGCAAGACCACCCCUCACUCCUUCGCCUUCUACAGCGACGACCACGGCCGGGGCUGGCGUUUUGGGGAGUUCAUCCCCAACCUGCAGACAGGCGAGUGCCAGCUGGUCUCAGUGGAUGAGGAGGAUGGCUCCAAUGUCCUCUACUGCAAUGCCCGCAGCCCCCUGGGCUUCCGCGUCCAGGCACUGAGCACCGAUGACGGGGCUGUCUUCCACGGGGGGCAGCUGGUCCAGCGGCUGGUCGAGCCCCCCCACGGGUGCCAUGGCAGUGUCAUCGGCUUCCCCGCACCUUUCGUGUACACAGGGGAUAAGCUCCAAGUGGACCCCAAAGCCACCUCCGGCCCCGGCACCUUCUUCCAAGCACCAACGUGGGUGCUCUACUCCCACCCCACCAGCCCCAUGUCGCGGGUCAACAUGGGGGUUCACCUCAGCACCUUCCCCAGGGACGCAGAGAGCUGGACCGAACCCUGGGUCAUCUACGAGGGCCCGAGCGCAUACUCAGACCUGGCUUAUAUGGAGCUGCCCCACAGCCAGGCCCCUGUCUCUGGUGGCCCGGCCAUCGCUUUUGCCUGCCUCUACGAGAACGGGAAGCGGUCCCCCUAUGAGCAGAUAUCCUUCAGCAUGUUCACACUGCACGACGUGCUCCAGAACAUCCCCCUGGCAGCUGCAGUGCCCUGCAGGAAGCGGAGGCAAAGGAGCUGCUGCGUCUCCUAG